UGUUUCGGAGUAGUGGUGGCGUUUUUGUAACAGAGUGGGGAUGUCGGGUCGCGGGAAACAGGGAGGCAAAGUGAGAGCUAAAGCUAAGUCGCGCUCGUCGCGUGCUGGGCUGCAGUUCCCUGUAGGCCGCGUACAUCGCCUGCUCCGGAAAGGCAACUACGCGGAGCGAGUGGGAGCUGGAGCGCCGGUCUAUAUGGCGGCCGUGCUGGAGUACCUGACGGCUGAGAUCCUGGAGCUGGCGGGCAACGCGGCGCGCGACAACAAGAAGACGCGCAUCAUCCCGCGCCACCUGCAGCUGGCCAUCCGCAACGACGAGGAGCUCAACAAGCUGCUGGGCAAGGUGACGAUCGCGCAGGGCGGCGUGCUGCCCAACAUCCAGGCGGUGCUGCUGCCCAAGAAGACAGAGAGCCACAAGGCCAAGAGCAAGUAAACUUAGCUAGUAAAACUGUUUUAGAUUUUUCAAAACAUAACAUAUAACCCAAAGGCUCUUUUCAGAGCCACCCACAUGAUCAAAAAGGAGUUGAGUUACUUUCUUAGUGAAAGUGCUUUGAUUAGCAAUGUUUUGUGCAUGCUUUUUUUGAGAAAGAGCUAAGUCGGUAGUCAGUAAUGAUGUUCUAUUAAAAAUCCUGAUUGGGAAGAGUCAAGUAUUUCCUAACCUUUUUUUUUUUUUAACAGAAGAAAUGUUGUAAAUACUUUUCCAGUAAUUCAAUGGUUCUUUUCUGAUUUGUGUAAGGAGGUUGCUAAGCUAUUGUUUGUUUGUGUUUCAGCUGGUCUUUGUGAUUAUAUUUUAAAGGCUACUUCAUGAAUUAUGUUAAAAUGGAAGGUUAACUGUAAAAAAAAAAUACAAAAAGCUGUGUAUGACAUGAAAAGAAAUAUAAGGAGAAUGCUAUGCUUAGAUGUUACUACAUCCAAAAAUAAACCUGUUUUUUAGGCCUG